AUGGCUAGAGUGAGAAGUAAAUCACUUGUGAAAAAAAUUGCAGCUGAUAUUCCCUCAUAUCAAAAUGAAAGGCAGGAUGAAACUAAAAAUGCAGAACAGGUAAAAUAUAAGAUUGUAAGAUCCAAAUCAAUGACAUCUUGUGGGAUCCCAAAGAGACAUGUAAUAGAGAGGACAUAUCCAUUGAGUAAGAGCGAGUUUGAGACGCUUUGGAUGGAGCAUAUAAGUGAUUUUAAUGUCGGAAUGGUCUUGUCUGAAGAAUCUAUCGACAAUAUAGAAUUAUUGAAGAAUAAUGAUUUAUUGACUUUUAAAGAAAAUUGUGAAAGAAAUAAAGACAAAAUUGAACUGCUUGUGAGGGAUACAGACAUUGUUCUCGAAUCUUUGGGACGCUUGCUCUCGUCCUACGAAAAAAUUUGGAAUGAGACUUACGAGUUUGAUUCGGAAUCUACUAAGUUAAUAGAGCUUCAACAAAGUUAUAGUUCGAAAGCACAAGACAUAGAAUCCUAUUUGAAAAACUAUGAGAACUUGGAUUUCAUAACAAAAAAUUUAUCCGCUCCUGGAAUAAAACUCGUAAGGAGGCCCCUUUUUCAAGAAAUCUUACGAAGAUUGGGAGAAUCCAUACAAUUUGUUGAUGCUCAUGAGGAUUUCAAGGACAUUGAUUUUUACAAAAUUAAAUUUAGGCAGUGUAUGACAAGGUCCUUGACGUUAAUUAAAGAUUACUUAUUGAAUGAGUUGAGAAACUUGAAUGCUCUGAUUAAUGCCAAGUUAAGCAAAAACGUCUCGCUCGAGCUCUUAUCUUAUAGUGGAUUCAGUACUUAUUUGGAAGGUUCGAAUUUCAACAGUUUAAUUAACGAAAUAAUUAGUAGAUCAUUAAAUCAUAAGGAAUACAUCGGUUUAGUCAACGAUGUGUUGAAUGCAUAUUUCAAAAUGAGAAUAAAUUUGACUAGAAGUUACAAUUUAUUAUCAAAUAACAUAGAUCUCGUUCAAUUUUGCCAGGACAAGAUUUCGUUUGCUAAGAAGUUAAUAGAAAGAGAAUUUAACUUAUAUAAAAAGCUAUUCGGCAAUGGUGAGUUACCGAAAUUUGUCAGCGAUAGGUUUUACGAAUUUUCUAAAAACCUACUAGAUCCCUUUUAUGAUGUUUUAAGAGAAAAUAUAUUGAAGGAAACAAAUAUCUCAAAAUUGUGUCAGUUGACAACUUUGCUUCAAAAGUACUAUGAAUUUGAGGAAAACGAAAAUGAAAUUGACUUUGGCGACUUGUUUCAUCCUAUUUUGGACGAUGCUCAGUCAAGGUUGAUUUUUAGAGUUCAAAACUACGUCGACGGAAAGCUAAAAAAUUACAAACCAAGUUUGGUGGAUUUAAAGAUUAGUAACAAGAGGAAAUCUGAUACGAGUGUCGAUCUGCUUGACGUAGACUACCCCGAGAACUUAUUUAAAGAUGUCUAUUUGCCAUUGGGAAAAGCGCUUACACUACUUUCAAAUAUCUAUGAAUUGAUAAAUUCGGUGGUAUUUGAUGAUUUAGCUCAUUAUAUCGUUCAUUCAUGCAUAUUGUUGUUGAAGAACGAGUUCUACAAACUAUCAAUGGCUCACCUUGGUCCUAUUGAUACCAAGCUAAAUUAUUUGAAGCAGCUUAUCAUUUUAAAAGCUCAGUUGAAUAACUUUGAUAUACAGUACGUAAGAAAUGAUUAUUCAAUUGAUUUUUUGAGUGGAUUUAACGAUAUUUGGAAUGAUAUUAGAAAUGGUCACGUAUCGUUUAAUAACAAUGGCCUUAUUGAACUUGCUAAAAAGUCAGUACCUAAGUUAAUAACAAAUAUGAUUGAUGCUAAUUAUGAGAUUGAAUUUGAAUUAAACAAUGCUAUCAAUGAUUUAAUUUCGAGUUGUAUUAACAUUAUAUGUGAGCCAAUUUUAGUGAACAGCGCAGCUUCGCAUCCAUUAGAAACCAAUGCUGCUUUCAAAAAUAGCUUGAAGGAAAGGUUUCCGGAAUUUGUGAAAAAAAUUCAACUUUAUAUCGAAGAUCCUAAUAUUAGGAAGUUUCUUUCUAAUAACUUGAUAAAUUUGAUAGUAAUCAGUUACGAUAACUUUCGCAUAACCUUGGAUCACAAAUACAAUCAGAGCGAUUCUGAUUUGAAUGAACUUUCCGAAAUUAUGGAGACGGAUGAAUUGAUAAGGUUUUUGGAAGAUUUAAAUGAAUCAUUACAAGACACUGAACCAGAACCUCCUCAAUUUAAUGAAGAAAUGUUAAAAGAUUUAGUUAUAGAAAACCCAUAA